AUGGUGCUCACGGACGAAGAGCAACCUCUGCUCAGGAUAAUAUCGCAUGACUACGAAAGCGUCCAACAAGAGAAUGAUGCCGAGGAAGCUGGAAAUGACGCGCUUGAUUUUGAGCCUCUGGACCCUGAGGACCCUCGCAAUUGGUCGCCAGGUUUCAAAUGGGGUAUCGUUUUAUUACUCGCUCUUAUGGCGUUCACUGUAACCUUUACUUGCAUUGGCGUGGUACCGGUCGCCAGCAAGAUCGUCUCGGAUCUCGAUGGGAAGCAAUCGAGCUCUGCAAACAGCGCGCUCCUCGUGACUAUCUGGGAACUUGGAGAAGCCGCUGGACCAUUACUUAUCGCACCGUUAUCCGAGAUUUUUGGACGCUAUCCUGUUUUCAACGUUUGUAACAUCGGCUUCAUCGCUGCGACUAUCCUAGCAGUUUGCAGCCAGAACAGCGGCAUGUUCAUUGCAGCGAGGAUGCUCACAGGUCUUUGCGUCGCUUCAAACGUCCUCAACCCGGCCAUUAUCGGAGAUAUCUUCGAGAGCGAGCAACGCGGCUCCGCAAUGUCUUUGGUUAUGCUUGCGCCGCUUAUUGGAGGAGCUAUCGGCCCUGCCAUCUCUGGCGCUAUCGCAGAGACGAUAGGGUGGCGACGCAUGUUGACCAUCGCCGCCGGACUAGCUAUCGUGUGCGAAGUUCUGUUCCUCGUCUACUUCAGAGAGACGUACAAGAUGGCUGUCUUGAGAAGAAGAGCAGCGAAGACGAUGCAGGAAACUGGAAAGGUUCCGGAGUCGAAGAGCACACAUGAGUAUCUAGCAAAGCUCUGGCACUCUAUCACGAGGCCUUUUGCGGUAUUGUUCGGUUCGAGCGUACUUAUGCUUCUCUCGCUGUUUGCCUCGGUCGCGUUCAGCUUCUUUUACGUUGUCAGCGUUUCAUUACCCUCGAUCUUGCUGGACAGGUAUGACUUCGAGUUCGGCCAGAUUGGUUACACUUUCAUCUCGUUCAGUAAGUAUCUUGAUAUGCCUGAACUCACGGCAGCUAACAGAUAUCCAGGCGUCGGGUCUUUCUGCAGUGUACUAGUAUGCAACUUUACGCUCGAUAGGAUAUACGUCAAGCUUCGCGGGCCCGACGGCGGAAAAGGAAAACCUGAGUACCGCCUUCCUCUUUCUAUCCUGGGUGCGAUCCUCUUGCCUUUCUCGGUAAUUGCAUACGGCUGGAUCGCAGAAUACCGUCUGCCUGUACUCUUGCUUCUCGCCUCGGUGGCCCUGAUGGGGUUCUCGCUCCUUCUGACUGUUAUACCGUUAUCUGCUUACGUCGUUGACGCUUGCGGUAUGUACUCCGCAUCGGCUAUGACGGGCGUCAUCGUCACGCGAUGCCUUAUGGGCACCUUCCUGCCACUCACGACUGGUCCAUUGUCUGACGCACUUGGUUAUGGGCUGGGCUUCACUCUUUUGGGCGUACUGAGCUUGUGUUUGGUCAUCAUCCCGUUAUGCAUCUUCAAGUUUGGGGAGAAGUGGCGGCAGCAUUCGGAGUUUACGAAAGACACUUGA